CAGAGGUAGGCCUAACUGCUGGCUUUCGGUUUAGUGAAAAGGGUAUCUGUACUGGGUGAAGCAGAGUGUGGAGGCAUGAUUACAUAAGACGUUUUUCUCAGGCACAAUAUUUUGUUCUUAGGUCACAUGUCAUGUAUUAUGGGAUUAGGUAGCACUGCAAUAAAUCCAGAUUAUACAUUUUCUUUUUGAAGGAUUACUGUACUACUGUGCAUCAUAAACAUUGUAAUAUGUUAGAUAUGUAAAAUAAGAAGGGGUGUUAUUCUGUGGUGGUUUGUUCACUUCCGAACUUGUUGAGGUCUGAUCAUCGUCACAUCUGUUUGGACGUGGAAGGAUUUUGCUUGGGGCCUGUUCUAAACCAAGAAUUCAAAGAAGAAUUGCUAACGACUACAACCACACAGCGUUAUUGAGCAGGACACACCUCAACGUCCUUUUCAGGCUUCACAUAUGCAGUGUUCAAGUCACCUACAGAAAUUUUGAAGUGCUAUCCUGAACCUGUCGGUUUCAAGUAUGCACUAGGUUUAUGUAGUCCAUAAUGCAUUGUGCUUCUGGCAGCUGCUCAGAGUUGUCUCUUGGUGUCGUGAUAACAGGAAAUGAUGCCCACUCAGAGAACCUAUUCCAGUUUGAGGAAAAGAGAUCCAUCGACCAGCAGCCCUCCAUAGUGUUGCCCUGGACAAAUCAAAGCUUAUGAAUCCAACAUUGGAAUUUCAGCUCAGACUGGUUUCAGGAGUACAGAGCUUCUGUGUGUUUGCGGGUCAGUGGCUCGGCGCAGGGGAGAAUGUGAAGCGCGAUGGCCAACUUUGAAGCUUACCAGGAGUACCAGCGGAUCGAGGACUUCGAGGAGGACUCGCCGCCCGGGGAGGAGGACCUGUUGGUGCACGUGCCGGAGGGCCUGAGAGAUUCAUGGCAUCACAUCAAGAAUUUGGACAACUUCUUCACGAGAAUCUACCAUUUCCACCAGAAGAAUGGCUUUGCCUGCAUGAUGCUGUCCGAGUUCUUCGAACUGGUGCAGUUCCUGUUCGUGGUCACUUUCACCACAUUCCUCUUCAACUGCGUGGAGUACGACAUCCUCUUCGCCAACCGGGCAGUGAACCACACCACGCACAGCCAAAACCCGCUGGACAGGAACAAAGUGACCCUCCCCGAUGCCAUCCUGCCCAGCCAACAGUGCACUGAGAGGAUCCAGGAGAACAGCUGGAUUAUCUUCCUCCUCAUAAUGGCUGGCACCUUCUGGGUUUACCGGCUCAUCAAAGUCUUCUGCAAUAUUCUUAGCUAUUGGGAGAUCCGCCAGUUUUACAUCAAAGCCCUGAAGAUACGGAUGGACGAGCUGUGCAACUUCACCUGGCAGGAGGUGCAGGGCCGCCUGAUCAGCCUGCAGCGCGAGCAGCAGAUGUGCAUCCACAAGAAGGAGCUGACAGAGCUGGACAUCUACCACCGCAUCCUGCGCUUCAAGAACUACAUGGUGGCCAUGGUCAACAAGUCCCUGCUGCCGGUGCAGCUGCAGGUCCCGCUGUUGGGCGACGUGGUGUUCCUCACGCAGGGCCUCAAGUACAACUUUGAGCUCAUCCUGUUCUGGGGGCCUGGCUCGCUCUUCCAGAACAAGUGGAACCUGCACCCCAGGUACAAGCGGGCUGGGAACCGGCUGGAGCUCGCCCAGCAGCUGAGCCGGGUCAUUCUCCUCAUGGGCCUGGCCAACCUGCUGCUCUGCCCCUUCAUCCUGGUGUGGCAGGUGCUGUAUGCCUUCUUCAGCUACACGGAGGUGAUCCGGCGGGAGCCGGGCAGCCUGGGGGCACGGCGCUGGUCGCUGUACGGACGCCUCUACCUGCGGCACUUCAACGAGCUGGACCAUGAGCUGCACGGGCGGCUGGGCCGCGGCUACAAGCCCGUCUCCAAGUACAUGAACUCCUUCACCUCGCCACUGCUGGCUGUGAUGGCCAAGAACGUGGCCUUCUUCUCCGGCUCAGUGCUGGCCGUGCUCAUCGCCCUGACCGUGUAUGAUGAGGACGUGCUGACCGUGCAGCACAUCCUGACCGCCAUCACCGUCCUGGGCGUGGUCAUCACCAUCACCAGGUCCUUCAUCCCGGACGAACACAUGGUGUGGUGUCCGGAGCAGCUCCUGCAGUGUGUGCUUGCGCACAUCCAUUACAUGCCAGACCACUGGAAGGGCAACGCCAACAAGAGCGAGACCAGAGACGAGAUGGCGCAGCUCUUCCAGUACAAAGCGGUCUUCAUUCUGGAAGAGCUGUUGAGUCCCAUCGUCACACCCUUCAUCCUCAUCUUCCUCCUGCGGAACAAGUCCCUGGAGAUCAUCGACUUCUUCAGGAACUUCACCGUGGAGGUGCUGGGAGUGGGUGACAUUUGCUCCUUUGCCCAGAUGGACAUCCGUCGCCACGGCAACCCCCAGUGGAUGUCAGAGGGCCAGACGGAGGCGUCCGUCUACCAGCAGGCGGAGAACGGCAAGACGGAGCUCUCCCUCAUGCACUUCACCAUCAAGAACCCGCGCUGGCAGCCCCCGCAGGAGAGCUCCGUCUUCAUCAGCCACCUGAAGGAGAAGGUGCAGCAGGACGCGGUGGGAGGGCCCUCCCCUCAGAUGCUGCUGUCCGAGGCCCCCCUCUGCACCUCGCUGCUGUCCAACGAGUCCGCCACCGCCGGCCCAGACGGCCUCCUGGCGAGCGUGCUGGCUCACCCUGUGCUGACUGCGUCAGGCCUGCCGGGGCGUGACCGCCGCUUCAUCGCCCCCAGCACGGCCGCCUCGGCCGCCGCCAGCGUCCUGGCCUCCCUGUCGGGCUCUCAGCUGCCCGGCCGCGCCCGCCCCCACGGCUCCCUCCCGGCCAACCACUCCCAGAGCCCCAUGUACUGCAGCGACCGCACCGUGGUGGACAGCAUGUGCGUGAGUGACUCACGGAUCCGCAGUCAGACGAGUUCCGCCCUGCACUCGGAGUUCGCCUCGGCUGAGAUGAGCCUCCACGCCAUUUACAUGCACGAGGUCCACCAGCAGAGCUCCCUGCCCCAGCGCGCUCCAGGACAGUGGCAGGCUCCUGUGCCAAUGAGGGACCUGAGCAGCCAUCCAGGUGCUCAGCUGCACCCCUUCCAUACGGGUAGCCACUCUGUCCCCACCCCCCUGAGAGGAUGGACAGAAGAAGAGGAGGAGGAGGAAGAGGAGGAAGAGGAGAUCAACAGUCAGUCUCCACCACACCAGAACGCAGGGAGCAGUGGUUGAAGUGCCUUAAACAUCCUGGGGUUUUUAUAAGUUUUUUUCUUUUUUUUUUUUCUUUUUUUUCUUGAACGUCGUGGCCUUAGAUCAUCUGUUCGAACCUUACCAGUGUUGGCUUUCGGACAAGUCUGUUAAGAGUGCAGUGUGCGGUUGCAGGAGACCCCAGCCCAACCCAGCCUCCUCCUCACGCCACGUCACCCCCGUCCCGGAGGCUGAGCGGGGGGCUGCGGGGGCUCCACACGUCUUCCUGCCCCCUCCCCACUUUUUUUGCUUUGGUUUCUUCCCCGUGUUUGUGAUGGAACCGCCGAGCGCUUCAGAAGCACUGCAGCCCCGUGUGAGCGGCGUAUAGCAGCAGACCGCUGCUCUUUUAUCUGGCACUGAGCGAUGGAUGCAAGCGAAGCCAAUCGAUCCAGACGGUGUGGCCGCACGCUGUGAUCAAUCGUGCUCUCUCUGUGUGGCGGCUGUUGGCCGCAGCAGAUGAUAUCCUUUUCCCCAGCUUGCUGAAAGGAUGCGUGGCGGUCUCUCACUGCUUCUGGUUAGUUCUUGGGAUGGGUGGACGGUUGAAUCGGUGGAAGAGAGCACAUCUGCCCAGUUGAGAGAGCUCAGUUUGGUUAUCCCGCACCGUUCUUGACGAGUCUUGCGGACAUCCUCGCUCGCAAGACUGCCAGGCAGGAAGCUGCACGACGCUCACUAGAACGUCUUCCACAAAAAGCUUGUUUUUGCAUGGUUACUCUGCGCUUGUGGUCUGAGGUACAUUCUGUGUUCACCAGUAGGGGUAAGCAAAGUUCCUUUCAUCAAACACUGCAUUUAAUUUACGCCAAGUACCGUCGUGCUGCCUGGUGUUGGAAGAAUUUUGGCGCAUUUUGCCGACCGCCCUCAGUCAGGACACCAGCAGAAACCGAAUUAUCGAUAUCAACUUUUUCCAUCAUCAGUCCACUUCUAUUCUUUGAACCCUAAACUUCUCUACUGAUGACAAGUCAAGGUGCUACCUAAAAUCAAAAAAGUAAGAACAGUCAUCAGAAAUGGACCACAAGGAAAUUGAACUGUUCAAACCAUUGAAGAAACGUAGACAUUUCACUGCAUUUCCACGAUGUCGUCAUUUGAGCAGUGGCUCUUGAAGUCUGUUUUUCCUGCGUUCUCCCUCUUCUUUCAGGAUGCCUCUAGCUGAGUUCCACCACCUCAACAGAAAGCUAUGGAGAGGCUGAUACGUAUCUGUGUGACAAAGGCCUCGUUGGGCCAGAUUGGGGGGUGUUUUAGAUUAGACAGAUGCCUACUGGACAGUGUUGUCCAUCGGGGUUGCUGAAGUUGCUGCUAAUGGCAAUGUCAUUAUAGAGAGUAGGUAUAACUUUGAUUCAAGAUUUUCAGUGUUACUUCUUGAAAGUUGAUUUGAUUUGGGUUUUUUUUGUUUUAUUUUUUUGUUUUUUGCUUGUUCUAAGUAUGCAUCAUUCAUGUUUUUGGUUUUUGUAAAAGUAGCUUGGAACAAAAUCCUCCAACUGCUUCUUCAGGCUUGGGCUGAUGGAAGUUAUGAUGGAAUUAGGACUGGUGUCGUUCAUUCAGUUUCUUCACCAUGUGGUCACAGGGUGGUGACCACAGGGUGGUCGUCAUGGUUACCCGCACUGGGUGGCUUGUAUGUAAAGUAAUUAAUGCCAAAGGUAUUAUUUCUAUUUUUGUAUGUUUUAUUUAUUCUGCUUUAAUCCUUAUGUCUGUUCAAUUACAGCACAGUUGGCAAGUUGACUGCUUACGGAGGCUGUGUUUCACAACAUGGUCAUGCCGGGUGAUUACGCAUAUUUGUACUUUUUAAAACCGUCUUGUCACACACCGCAUGUUUAUCAGAUGAUUUGAUAUAAUCUUCUGUCUGUGACUUGACUUAAUUUGUUUUCCCUUUCAAAACAGACAACCCCCCCUUCUCCCAAAAUACACAAAUACGGGAACCUAGUCCAUGUUUGUAAUGUUUCCUGGUGCUUUCAUGUAAGUUAAUCAUUAAUUAAAUUAAUUGACAGCAUAUAGGCCUAUGUGUCUUUGAAAGCUUGACUAAUUCUCAUUUUUAGCAACCAUUUUUAUUGCAAUGGCUUUCAUUAACAUAUUUAAACAAAAGAAAUCUGGCAGGUGUUAUGCUUCCCCCUAUAAAAACUGAAGAAUCCAGGAAUUUGUGUUCAUGCAUGUUAUAUUUAUGUAUCUUUUGAGCCUGCAGAUUUUGUUACUGGAGUAUUUGUUCUGCCAUUUAUUCUUAGUUCAGAGAAAUGGCUAAUCCUUUACAUUGAAAGAAAAAUCUCCAGGAAACAAAAUUUUUCAACUCAAUGAUUGGCAUCCACUGAAAUUUAUAUUUUUCUAUUUAUAUUUCACAAUGUAUGUAUAUGCCCCAUUUGUUCAUUCAUUUAAACUUAAUGUAUUUAUACCAAAAACGAUUAAUGCAAUCCAACAAUUAUGACAAAAAGACAAGCCUGAAAGGUGAAUCUUUUUAUUGAGAUUUCACAACCUGAUCGGCAAUGUAAACGUAUAAAUAUGUAAACAUAUACGGAUGGAUUUAAUUACUGUUAUAUGUUACAAAAUAAUCUAUGUUAUGAGUCAAACUACUUGGCAAUUUGUGCGCUCAUGCUUUAUGAUUUGGUAUGGCAUAAAUACCAUGGACGCCUCUUGUACGCACACUCAUACCCCAUAUCCCCUGACCCAAACAACGUAACAAGCAUUUUCCUUCCAGCUAUCCUUGUAUGCAUUUUAUCAGUCGUAAAGCAAUACAAAAUAGAAAUGGAUGAUCAACACAAAUCGUGAUUAUCUCUCCUAAUGUUAACAUUAUCAUUGUACAAAUGAUCCCCUUUCAUUUUCUAUUUUUUAUGAAGCUAUAGCAAGUGUUAAUUACAAUGUUUGUACAUAAUACUGAAUGUAUAACCUGCCUGUAAACCACAUAGAACUGUACAGAUUUUUUUUGUUUGGGUUUCUGUAGUAAGGAGAGUUUAAGAUAGAGCUUACUGUGUGUUAAGCUAACACUUACAGAGCGUUUUGCACUGAGAAAAAAAAGAAGUAAUCAAGUAACAAGAGUCUGCAUUGUGCAUUGGAGGUUUUUGUGGAGUACGUAGAACUCCAGCUGGGGUGAGCAAUACCCCUGACUACAUAUAAAAAAUGUAAAAACCACACAGUGUUGUCUUUUCAGGAUGUAGGGUCAAAAAUGACAAUAAACCUUCACGCAACACUACAUCGAAAUAAUAUGCUCCUCUGUUGAUGGGUAUUGCUAUUGAUAUUCAUUUGCAUUAAGUGUAUUAAUUCCAGAAGCAGUGGGUCAUUGGAAUGGGUAAAGGCAGCUAAAGCAUAGUCCUUGUGUCUGAUAUGUGGCUGGUUCCCUGCCUGCAGCGAAGGAUGUACUGUAGGUCCCAGGGGGGACAGGGGCGGGGGGGGGGCACGCCCAACUUUGGGAAAACAUCUGGUUCUUUUAGUGUCCCCCUUCAAAAAAGAAAAUGUCCUGUUUGUUCCCCAGAUGAGAUUGACAGCCUUGCCUGCAGCCCUGUACUUCAGAACGUGUACUGUGGAGUCAAUCUGUGUUUUCCUGCUUGAAGUCUUUUUUCUGAAUGCCUUAGGGACUAGAAUAGCUUCCAUCUUAUGAUUCAUAAACCUGUGAAUGCUCUAACAAUUUGCAGUUUUUAAGUGCGUUUCGCAUUUUACUUUUUUUGUUGGCGUGUGUGUGCG